CCAUUGCGAACACCUGUAGUGGAAGAACGGGAAGUUGCAGUGUUCGUCUUCGGAGGUAAGAGAGAUUCUUAAACAUGUUUUAUAGCAAACUCAUUUCAAAUUCGCGUAGCUGCUCUAAUAAGAAGGUCUCAAUGGGGAUAAAGUCACUUUAUGGCUAACGGUUAAAAAUUUUGGCCAUUUAACGGCUAACGGUCAACUUCCUUCCUUUGUGAGUAGAAGACAAUUUUGCGACUUACGGUUGAAAUUUGUUCCGCCCGAUGGCUAAGAAUGUGUUGGUCAUUUUACGACUGACGGUUAACCCCAUUGAGACCCUCAAAAAGCUAAGCUAAAACCAACACGUCCUUAUUUUUUCUUCAGCUCCACAGUGCGCAUAGUUAGAUUUCGUCGGUGCGUCAAACUUUACGAGGCAAAGUUUCCUUGAGAGGAUUUUGGUGCUGUAUUCAACCGUAAAUACGAUGUCGUAUUUUUGUAAGGUAAUUAUAAUGUUUAAAGAGGAGCCCUGCGCUAUAUGUCGAAAUUAAUUUUAUCAAUACCCUUCAUCUCGCGCCGUCAAUGAGUAAGAAUUUUAUGGUAUAUGCUCUUAUUUUAGAUAUUCAAGGAACUGAUAGAGGUAGUCUUAUCUAAACCUGAAACACUUGAUACUGAUACUGUGGUCAGAAAUAAUUUCAAAAUACUGAUAUUUCUCUUCGCAACCAGCAGGUGAAAAAGGGCGCAUGAGACUGCGCCACAGUUGCAGACAUUUUUUUGGUGCAACAAUGAGCCCAAGAUUGCUGUAUGCCCCGGCUCAAUUCUCACAAAAACUUGUUUCAUCUCUUUUGGCUUGCAUCCUAAAGUUAACAUAUUCUCUAAUUUUAGCAGGCAGGUGAAGUGCAGUAUACGGGUUCUUCUAUCCUUGUCUUUGUCGUUCUCGUUUUGAGCCUCGCGGCUGCCAAAGACCAAUGGAGAACAGAAGUUAACAUACAAGGCAGGGCUCUAAAGGGUUUCACCUUUAAAAUAUUGUUAACAACAGCCCCUUACCUGUGUGAUGUCAAAUGCGAACAGGAAAUUACCUGUCAAAGCUACAACUACAACAAAGAAAACAAGAUUUGCGAGUUAAAUAACCGCACCAAGGAAGCAAGACCAGAAAACUUCAUCUCAGCUCCUGCAUGGUUUUACAUCCGACGUUUAAAUGGCCGAGGUAGGUAUAUUUACUUGGAUGUCAGCACUGUCGAAUAAUUUCUCGGUCUCCGAAUAAUUGAGGGUGACGGAAACGUACAGAAAAUAAGACCUUUAAAAGUCAUGUUUGUAAAAGUAUUCUGAACAACUAAGAGCUUCUUUACACGAGCCCAGGUUUAUUUGUAACAGUGUUCACUAGCAUGCGGUUCGCUUCGAGAUUGACCCAGGUCAGACUCUCUACCUACGAAAAAGCCUGACAAAGUUCGAAAUCAGCAAGAGAAUAUCAAUAUCUCUUGAGGUAAGGUAACAAAUACACACCGAGUAUGAUGGAAUUGUGGAAGGCUAUCAUGUAUAGAAUCUAAAACAGUAUAGAAAAUGAGGCAGAAAAGGUUACGUGGGUGAAAGUGCCAACCGUGUUAGUGCUUAAAUAAAAAAAAAGUUGAGGACAUAUAACUCCUUCUAGCCGGAACGACCCGGCUCUCGACAAAGAUUACUUAAUAGAGAGGACUGGCCCCUUUGACUACGUUCACCCUAAAAACACUUACAAAAAUUUGACUGCAAAAGGGUUACCUAUCGCAGUGAUUUAAUCAAGAUCGAAAAGCAACCCGGGGUUGCCCUAAGGCUAUCAGGGAGUGAAAGUAAAUUUACCCGUGUGAGUUGGUUUAGCUUUGGAAUUGUUUUUUUUUUUUAAGGGUGAGUGUUACUUUCAGUUCGUUAGCUCCUAAGAUAACUUUUAAGACAGGAAUGUCCUCGCACCAGCCAUCGUAAAGAAUGCACAGUUUGACGAUUGGACGAACCAUUUCUGUAGUAAGUACUGGUAAUGCUGAAUGAUUCGAGGGCUCUUUACUGAGCCUCAAUCGCACUGCUUUGCACUCCACGAGGGUAAUUCGGAUAUAUAUUGCUUUACAGUUCCCUUGGGCUCCAUUCCAGAACUACCAGCGCAGUCAUGUCAGGAAAUAAAAUUGAGUGAGGGUAAAGACACCGUCAGUAACAUGUACUGGCUGGAUGAAAGUGGCAAAGGAAACGCUGUAUUGGAUUAUUGUGACAUGGCCAUCUCAGGUAAAACACUAAAGAAACUGAAUAAAGUGAUUUUUAGUCUAGAGGCACUUUUUUUUCACUUCUUGCAUGCGCUUAGUCAUUCCUUAUUUGUCAAGUUCGUCUUUAAUUCUUUCAUUUCAGGCCGAAUUCCUCUUUCCUGUAAGGAGAUAUGGACGAACAAAAGGUACGGAUUUUUUUAUCAACCCGCCGCGAUCGGGAAAUUUAUCAGUCUGAAAAGUCAGCGGUCUUCUCGCACAAAACCCAUUCCCCCAUUGGCGCACUUGAGGGACUAGGGUUAGAGGACGCAUGACAUUCCUGAAUCUGGGUAAAUAAUUUGACAAAACCCUUUAAAUGCACCUUCAGCUUAAGACUCAUUUACAUCCAUUCCUUUUAAUUCAGAAUCCGUCUUGACGGUCCUUACCGCAUCCGGGUAAACUCGUCUGCCAAGAUAGCAUCCGUAUUUUGUCAUAUGACUCCUAUUCCCGGAUGUGGGGAUGGCGGAUGGACACUUGUCAUGAAAAUUGAUGGACACAAGGUAUUUUGGGGUUAACUUUUGCGCAGUUGAUAGCUGAGAUUUUUUAGGAAUCGAUGAAUCCGUAAGCGCUAGAUCUAAGGACCUGGUGUUCAAGGUGUUAAAAAGUGCCUGAAACCCCGGAAACGAUUAACUUUACGUUCACUGCAGUGUGUUUUCAACGAACAAAGGUAUGUCAUCAAUGUUACUCUUAACAACUAAAAGAAAACGGUGCAACGCCCUGAUUUUCCCUCUCUGUCCCCAUAUUUUCUUUUGUAACGACUUUAUUAUGUUUCGUUGUGUGUCUGUUUGGAUAUAGAUCGUAGAUAACGUCAAGAUGUGCGAAGAAUAAAAACGUGGAAAGCGAGCCGUGGGCACGCGGGUCUAUCAAUGUUUUUGUAACCAAAUUUUGGUGUCCUCUGUGAUUUUUAACCAGAGGACGUCGGGAAAAUAUAAUCUAUUCGUCUCAAACAAUGAACAGGAAGAUAAAAAGAAGGAAAAUUGCGAACGAAUCAGUUAAGACUCGGUGUCUGUUUCUUGUUCGUGAAUAGCACCUGGUUAUUUUUCUUAAGCCUUUACCUGUUGAAAAAAUCAACCAAACAAUAGUUAAAUUGUGCGCCAUGUUGGAGAGACGAGGAAAAAAAAGCAAUUUGUAAAUGACUUCAGCUUCCGAUGAUAUGUUGAACGACAUUUAUUUGUGAGAUAUGAUAGGAAUAACUAAAUGUUGCAAUUGAAUUAGAAUCAAAAUAAUAUAUUUAAUCGCAGUGGUCAUUUUCGAUAUUCAAUAAAUAUGUGAUCAUAAGAACGUCUUUAAUCAUAUUCUUCAUCGACAGCAAACCUUUACGUACUACGCGGAAUAUUGGAAUAACACUGUUGCUUACAACGAGUCUGCUGGAACAAGCCUUAAUGAAGACGAAACUAAACUGAGCAGCUUUUGGUCGACACCUUUCACUCGACUGUGUCUGGGCAUGAAACACCCUGCCAACGGCGUAACAAACUGGAUUGCUUUGAACUACUCUGCCUCAUCUCUGAGGGAUGUGAUAGGCGACGGAACAUUCCGACCAACAAAUCUGAGUGUAACAGAAUGGAAAAAGCUUCUGAAUAACUCAGGAAUUCAGGUGAAAAGCCUUUAUGUCGAAUUCCCUAUGCUAAGUCAGUAACACAAAGUUUAAUUAAGAGUAAUCCCUCCCCGCUGGUCCUUGAGGAAAAAAAAAAGAAUCAUUUGUAAACAAGAAACGUUCUUCUAAUUAGCGACAAGUCAGUGGUAGAGGUGUACAUGAUAAAAGGAUUUGCUCUUGCAUUUACCAUCUGAAAUCAGGAGAAUCUAUUACUGACUUACAUCUACAAUUGUCGAAAAAACUGUUGACACAUUAACCUUUGCAACCCCCUAUCACUUCAAUUUUAACUCUUUUGCCCUUCUUAAGUCAACCCAUUCGCCCCCUUCUCGCUUAAACAAUGUUGUAACGUGAUUCCAUAAACCUUUCGCUACAUACAGGAAACAUUGAACGAGGAAGGAGGGGAGGGGUCUUAUUAGUGAUUUAAAGUGUGGUCGAAACAGGAGUGUUACUUUGCACAUAAAUAGAAACCUUCAACUUAUUUCGACCCUCAUUGUGGGUUUAAUGUAUAAUGUAAUUAGGAUGGAUUUACUUGAACAGCCUAUCACAUGCAUAUGAUAACAGCAGCGUUGCUAAUACUCCUCGUUACUCCAAAUCAGUAUGCGUAGAUAAAACACGGACUUAGUUGAUUAUACCACUUAUUUGUGUGGUAUUCAGUAUUAUUACUUUACGUUCCGUAAUGUUAUGUAACUUAGCCGUAUAUGUUUGGUUGUUCAGGUCAUAUGUUAUGUGUGUACAUGUAUUUAACGAUCAAAGGUUUGUUUGCAUCGUCCUUUUCUGAAACAACAGUACGUUUUGAUGUUUUUUCUCCUUAGGACGGUUGCCAGAUGCAGGGUUUUAAUAGCAUUAACAAGGGUUUUGACCACGGUACCGGUGCUAAGACUCGUAUUGGAAUUAUUGGCUCUCCAGAUAGAUGUAAUCAAACAAUGGUGAGCAGAAUUGGGUUUGGUUCCGCAGGAAGUUUUUACUUCAUGGACGAUUCGAAUUCGUGUGGAAACGAGCUACACAACGAAGUAUCUAUUAAGGCAUUUGGCUACAUAUUUGUUCAGUAA